AUGGGCACCGAAGGGCGAGUCGCCCGAAACUGGGGCGCCGAAGCCGCCUGGGCCACCCCCGGGAUGGUGAGGGCGGUGAUGAUGGGCGAGUUGGUGAUGGUGAUGGAAAUUGGCAGCAUAGGUCAAGAGCGUCGUCAUAUAUUAGGUAUUUGGCAACAGCACUAUUCGUCAUCUCUACUCAAUAGAUCAUAAAUAUGGUAAAAGGCUUCCUAUUCGGCACAUCGACGUCGCAUUGAAAACGAAAAUUCUGAGUCAAGCAGUUUUGAUGUAGCACUUAGGCAAAUUGCGCUCAAAGUUGUAGCUCCUUUGUACUUUUACAAGGAAGUAGAGUACUAUAAUCUAAAUGUUAUAUUAGAAUCAUCCAACAUACAAAAAAUCAAUAGGGCACAAAACAUAUGUUAUGCAAUAUGGUCUCCUGAUUAAAAGUCUCAGUCAGACACAAAGUCCGAUAAUGAACAAUUUUCAAGAUAUAGAGAUUCAAAAAACGAUCAGGAAAUACAUCUGCUAAUGUUAUAGCUGAGGGCAACAUGUAACGAAAUAAGUUUUGAUUUCAAUGUAUUUGCACAUUGGAACACAAUUUUUUUAUGUUCAAGAUGCAAGCCCUCACCCGUUCCUUCAUAC